AGGAAAUGCGAGAAGAGGCGGAGCUACCACCGCGUUUGGCUUCCGCGGAGGUUCGCGGUUUAUUCAGGGAUGCAGUCUGGGCACCUGGCUUCGGGGGACGGUCGAUUUCCUGCCGCUCUCAUGUUGCGUUGUGCCCGCUGCUUCCGCCACCCCCGCGAGGGAUGCAUCUUAUUGUCGCUGCUUUUUCUCUUGGCGGCGGGACCUACUGCGGGAGAUGCCGAAACGGCCGAGCAGCUAAGCACCUUUUUCGGCACUAAAUCCCGCUACGAGGAGCUGCAUCCGUACCUCCUAAAGGACCCGCUGUCGCUCGGGCCGCCCCAGCCGGGAUUCCCGCUGCCGGCGGCCUCUUGCACGCCGCUUCACCUCAACGCCGUCUUGCGCCACGGCACUCGCUUCCCAACGCGCAAGCAGAUCCAGAAGCUGGGCAGCCUUCACAGCCUCAUCCAGCUGAGGAGCAACGGUAGCGCUGGGACCUGCCCGGCCGCCGACCGCUUGGCGCGCUGGACCAUGUGGUUCCAACCGGACAUGGACGGCAAGCUGGCCCCCCGCGGGCGCCGCGACAUGGAGAUGUUGGCCGGGCGCCUCGCCUCCCGCUUCCCCAGCCUCCUAGCCCCGAAUCGCCGCUUUGCCUUUGUUAGCAGCUCCAAGCACCGGUGCGUGGACAGCAGCGCCGCCUUCCGCGAAGGACUCGGUCAGGCGCUGUACGGCCAGCAGCGGCAGGUCACUACCGAAAGGAAUGCCAUGAUGACAGAAGUAACUGAGAUUAACGACAAACUGAUGAGAUUUUUUGAUCUCUGUGAAAAAUUUGUUAAAUGUAUAGAAGACAAUAAUACAGCUAUGCAUGAGGUGGAUGCCUUCAAGGAAGGUCCUGAAAUGAGGAAAAUAGUGGGGAACAUUGCAAAUACCUUAUGCCUACCAGUGAAUGACUUAAAUGCAGAUUUGGUUCAGGUGGCAUUUUUUACUUGCUCAUUUGGGCUGGCUGUAAAAGGUAUCACCUCUCCCUGGUGUUCACUCUUCAGUAAAGAGGAUGCCAAGGCGCUUGAAUAUCUGAAUGAUCUAAAACAGUACUGGAAGAGAGCUUAUGGGUAUGAUAUCAACAGUCGCUCCAGCUGCAUCCUUUUCCAGGAUAUCUUUAAACAUUUGGACCAGGCUGUUACGGAGAGUAAAAGUUCAAAGCCUAUUUCUUCUCCUGUGAUCCUCCAGUUUGGACAUGCAGAAACCCUUCAGCCACUUCUUGCUCUCAUGGGCUACUUCAAAGACAAGGAGCCUCUUAAAGCUCACAACUACCACAGGCAGAUGCAUCGUAAGUUUCGUAGUGGCUGCAUCGUCCCUUAUGCCUCAAACCUAUUGUUUGUGCUUUAUCAUUGUGAUCAAGCCACGUCUCCAGAGGAAGAGUACAAGAUUCAGAUACUACUCAAUGAGAACCUGCUGCAAUUUCCACACUCGGGAGAAACAGUGUCUUUGUACACCAACCUGAAAAACCACUAUAAAGAUCUCCUUGAAAAUUGCCACUUUUCCGAAGUGUGUGAUUUGCCAUCAAAUACUGCUGAAGUUGGUUAAUUGUAAAGUGGAUGAAGUAGAGAAAGGGUCAUGAAUGUUGUGUGGACAAGAUUUACUAUUGUACUUUAACCACCUUUUAAACUUGUUUUUGCAGUUCAAAAAUUCUACCAAAAUAGCUUUUUAAAAGACAUACAGAACAUCUCAAAACAUUCAGGCAAACUUUUAGAGUUGCUCUGUUCUUGGAAAAGAGCUGCUAUUUUUUUUUGAAUUAAGAAUUAUCCAGGUGUAAUCACAUGCUAUUUGGCAUGUAGUUUACUUCAUAUGUAUCUCAGUUAUUUAAUGUGAAUCAAAACAACUGCUUUACUUGAAUAUUCACUUGAAAAAAACAGCCUGAUAUGUAUACAAACAUCUCGUAUGUAUAAGCAUCUGUUAUUUUAGAUUCCAGGUGGUUUUCCUAGUCACAUGUUUUACAAAAAUAUUUCUGUUCUACAUAGAGCAUUUUUGAGACCUAGCACAAAUAGAAUAGACCUAUUGAAAUAAUGGAUUUUACUAACAAUUGAUUUUCAGUGGGUCUGUUCUGAGUAUGACUUAAAUGGAUACAACCCCAAAUUUGUAAAGCAGUAGGAGAUAGGUGACAGCUUAAAUCCAUUUUCAUAAUUCUGCUAUUUUAAAAAAAAACUGAGUAGCUUUUGCCCAGUAAUAAUGUGGUUCUGUGUCUGUAAAAAGAGGUGUAGUGAGUUUCUCAUGUGGGCAGAUGCCAUUCUGUGAUGGGCAUUCAGAUGUUCUGAUCACCUUCUGUGACACUUAAUAAUGAAGAGAAGGGGGUCACUGCUUUGAGUUCAGGGUCAAAAAGAACAAAGUACCAUUCAACAAGGGUGAAUGAGGCAUUCUGAACAUUAUAUGAUGCUUUAAUAUAAUUUCUGCAUACUCUCGCUUUCCCCUUUUAAAUCCAUUUUUGGGUGUGGUGUCCAUAUAUAAACUUAAUGUGAAGAUACCAGAUGUAUUUUGUCAGAAAAACAAUCAUGCAUUCAAGCAGGGAUUUAGUUCUUAAAAUUCAAAACAGUAUCAUCAUCUUGGCCUUUUUGGUCUGUUUCUACAUAGCUUUUAAAAAAAAUUAUUCCUAUGAGGCAUUCCAUGAAACUGGACUAAUUUUAGUUGGGGAACUAUCUUGGGUACAGUAUUGUUAAACAUUUUGAAGCGAACUUUUUUUAAUCAAGAGAUGCUACUGAAAAUGCUCUUAAGAAAAAUAACUGAAACCAUAAUGAAGAACAAAUAUUUUAAAAAGACAGAUGAUUAUAUACUGCAGUAUAUCUUUUAUGUUAAAUUGCUAAAAUGUAACAGAGUGCCAUACAACACCAUUUAGAAGAGAGCUCUUUCUGAAGGAAAACUUUUACUGACUGUUGUGGGGGUUAGUGGGAGAUGUCAAGUGAACAAAUUUGUAAGGAUAGCUGUUAAAAAGGAAGUUCAAUCUUACAGGAGAAUCAGUGGAGAUUUGCGGUUACCAUAACAAUUAAAUCAUUCUUGUACAAAAAUCUAUGCAAAAGAAAGGUCUUAUAGCUGUUUACAUUUUAAAGGUAUUUCAUCCUUAUUGCACAUAAAAUGUAUCAUUAAAGUUACUUUCAUACUACAGUAGUGCCCCUCUCAUACGGUGGGUUAGGUUCCAGACCCCCGCUGAAAAGCAAAAAUCGCUGAAAAGUGGAACACCGACAAUAAAAUGGUGCCCAACGCCCGAAAAACACCAAAAUAGCAGAACAAGCACCAUAUGAGUGGAGCCCUACUGUAAUUGAAAACCACUGUAUUAACGGAACGCCAAGAAACGGAACGCUGAAAAGCAGGGUCCUACUGUGUAUAAAAAUGAGUGUUGUAGGGUUGCUAAAUUGCUUACAGUGUAGACUUUUCUGAGCCUAUAACUCAGUUUUUCAUCUCAUCUACUGUCAUUUUAGUAACAUGCAUAUAUAACAUUUUUUGCUAUGUAUGAAGUGGGGAAAUGUUACAAUGGAGCUGUUUAACCUUUUUUUUAAAAAAAAAACCCUAAUCAUUCUGGGACUGACUGUAUGUUUGGUACAUUAUGGUUUCCUGUAUCUGAAAACUACACGUUCCUGUUACUGGAACUUUUGAAGGGAUUCAGAUACUUACAGAAGUAUCUGUACUGCUAACCUUUGUGAAUAUAUUCUCUCUCUGAAAUGAUGUGAAAGAGUAUUUUCACCUGUUAUGUUGUUGAGGUUAAACAUUAAAAUAAUCUUGGGCACUCCACUAAGGGGGUUGGGAGUGAUGUAAUGAUCACCAGUACAUGUUAUGUAAUGAUUACCAUUUUCCUUGCACCUGAAAUGUUUGGUUGAGUAAUACUGAUACAUGUGAUAAGCUGUCUAUAUAAUAAAAUGACAAAUGUAUUGGCA